CCGGAGUCGGAAACGCCAUCAUUCAACAGCAUCACGCAACGCCAGGUGUGUUGAGAGGAUUGCCGAGAGAUUUCGGCGUUUGACCACCGUCACAUCAUCAGUCGGCAUCAGCUGGCGGCCAACAGCAGCAGCCGGGCAGCAGAGGCAACCGCGGCAACAACCGGAGUGACGUUUCCAUUUAGGUGGACGUAGGAUCGACUAAGGCGACCAACAUCGGAGGCGUUGGCGAUCGAAUGGGUCGCACGACUAAAAAUCAACGCGGCGCUUCCGGCGGAGGCGGCGGAAGCAAAGCCGAGACUCCACCCACUACAUCUCAGCAGCAACAAUACGAGACGGCCCUCUACUCGCGCGAAGACAUUCGCGAGCAAUACUGCAUCAACAAGAAAGAAACGGACGUGCUGGAUCGCUCGUCCCACGUGCGCCAAAGAGCCAAAGGAUUUUUCGGAUGCCUAACGAGUCGCAAGGAUCACGGUGCCAAGAAGAAGAAAUCGCGUUCGUCUUUCUUUUCGGCUUUGUGCGUCCGGCGGGCCAGCGAGGAGAACCUGUACAACGGCUGCAACAAACCCGUGGCCAACACCAACCGCAGCGUCACUCUGCCGGCCCUCCAGCCCUUCACGGUAUACACAAAUGAAAUUAAAUCAGGACGCGCGCUCGCCCGUCGAAGAAGAAAUUGUGGCCGGUCGCGUUCUGGUUCACGACCCGACCCGCUACUUGAGCGGAAGCGGAUCCAGCGAUGAUGGCAGUCUCAACAACGACGAUCUCUUUGCUUCCUCGCUUCCGGCCAAGCCAGACAUGAACCGCUCGUUGGGCUUCACCGACGUGGAAGAUGUCGUCUGGUCUGAUUCGGAGCCUCAUCCGCACGAUGGACCUCCUCCCAAUCCGGCGGAAGAAGGCAAACUGCUGCAGGCCCAGAAAUUGUUCGACUCGAACGUUUCGUGUCCGGA